AAAGAUUUCAUUCUAAUGGGGGAGAUCUAGAAUGGGAUCUGGUCUGAGUUUGGAGAGAAGCUGAGGAAAUCCAGGUUUAAGUGUUUUGUUUUUAAAAAAAUUAAAAAUGCAAGUCUCCAGGGACAGGUAGCCAUUUGCUUUCAACAUUUUUGUUCAAGAGACAGGAAUCGGCCUUCAGCUUGAGGAUUCCAUGCUGCUUUGGUGGGGUGGGGGAGGGAGGAGAGAGAGAGGCCUAGAGGAGGCAGGUAACCUUGGGCAGUGUUCAAAGGCCCGUGAAGACCCUAUGACUCUUCCCUGGAGGGGAGAGUCCGGGGCGCGAGAGAAGGGGAUGGUUUCCAGGCAGGGGCGGGGCACGCGGGCCGAUCCAUUCAGAAUGUCUGGGAGGAAAUCCCGAGGGGCUGCCUGGGGUCCUCCAGAGUGGGGAGGGGGCUGUGGAGGAAGGGACCAGAGAGAAGAUCCCGUAGCUGUUAGUUUUGGAGGCAGACACCCCCUCUCCCUUGGAGGACGCUAGCUGGGGAGGAGAGAGGGAAGGACAAGAGAGAGAGGAGGAGGUGACACAGGGGCUGCGCACCUGUAAUGGACGCUACUGGGGAUGCUGAGGUGCAGGAUCCCGUGAGAUACCGGCCCCCUCAUGUUAAUGACCAAGGAGGGGGCGUGGCCAUGGGAGAGGCGGGCCAGAGAGCUGGCAUGGGUGAGGAACUGAGGAGGGGCGGGGUCAGAGAGCUGGAGGGGCGUGGGCUAUAAAGCCCCAGUAGGCAGGACUUAGAGAGGGGCGUUAUCACAGGACUGAGGAGGGCGGGGCCAGAGAGCUGAGGGAGGGGGGAGAUUAGGAAUGAGAAGAGGGGGUGUGGCCACAGGGCCAGAAAACUAGAGAAGAGGGAGGGGCCAGAAAGCUGGAGAGGGCGGGGUUAGGAGAGAGAAGCGAGAAAAAGAGACGAGAGAAUGACAGAUAGAGCCAGAAAGCGAAGUGGGCGGGAGAGCGGAGCCAAAGAAGGGGAAGGUGGAGCCAUAGGGAAGGGAGAAGAGGGUGGGGAACUUGGUGCGGAGGGUGGGCAGGGUCGGGGAGAGACCGAAUGAGAGUGGGAGGGCGGGGCCAGGCCCUUGGGCCCUCAAGUACGCGGAGCCCAGGAGCUGGGCAGCGCAUGCGCAAGGAGAGCUAAACGGCGCGGGGUUAAGUGUCAGAGGGCGGUGCCAGCGCCCCUCCAAGAUGGCGGCCUCCAUGUGCGACAUGUUCUCCUUCUGCGUGGGCGCGGCGGGCCCGGUCCGGGGGCCCGUGGAGGUCCGAUUCGUGAGCAGCGCUAAGGGGAAGGGGCUCUUUGCUACGAGGCCAGUGCAGAAAGGGGAGACCAUCUUCGUGGAGAGGCCUCUGGUGGCCUCGCAGUUCCUCUGGAACGCCCUUUACCGCUAUCGAGCCUGUGACCACUGCCUGCGAGCCUUGGAGACGGCUGAGGAGAACGCCCAGAGGCUGUCCGGGAGGACCUGUGGCGCCCUGCCUCACCCCGAGCAGUGCAGCAUCCGGAAGGAGCUCCACCAGCUGUGCCCCCACUGCCAGGUGGCGUAUUGCAGCGCGGAGUGUCGCCAGGCGGCCUUGGAGCAGUACCACCGAGCCCUGUGCCUGGGCCCCUCCCAGAAUGACCCUGCGCAUCCUCUCAACAAGCUUCAGGAAGCCUGGAGGAGCGUCCACUACCCUCCCGAGACGGCCAGCAUCAUGCUGAUGGCCCGCAUGGUGGCCACUGUGAAGCAGGCAAAGGAUAAGGAACGCUGGAUCAAACUCUUCUCCCAGUUCUGUAAUAAAACGGCCAACGAGGAGGAAGAGAUCGUCCAUAAGCUCCUGGGAGACAAGUUUAAGGGCCAGUUGGAGCUUCUGAGGCGACUCUUCACGGAGGCUCUGUACGAAGAACAGCUCAGCCGGUGGUUUACGCCCGAUGGAUUUCGGUCUCUCUUUGCUCUUGUUGGGACAAACGGUCAAGGAAUUGGGACCAGUUCCCUGAGUCAGUGGGUCCACGGUUGUGACGCCCUCGACCUGAAGCCCCAGGAACGGGAGCAGCUGGAUGCAUUCAUCGAUCAGCUGUACAAGGACAUCGAGAGAGCCAGCGGCGAGUUCCUCAACUGUGAGGGGUCUGGGCUCUUCGUGCUUCAGAGCUGCUGCAAUCACAGCUGUGUCCCCAACGCAGAGACCUCCUUCCCAGAAAACAAUUUCCUUCUGCACGUCACAGCCCUUGAGGACAUCAAACCUGGGGAGGAAAUCUGCAUCAGCUACCUGGACUGCUGCCAGCGCGAGCGCAGCCGCUACAGCCGGCACAAGAUUCUCAGGGAGAAUUACCUGUUUGUCUGCUCCUGCCCCAAAUGCCUGGCCGAGGCCGAGGAUCCCAGUGUGACCUCCGAUGAGGAAGACGAGGAGGAGGAAGAGGAGGGUGAGCCGGAGGACGCCGAGCUGGAGGACGAGAUGACUGAUGUUUGACGUCCCGACCCUGACCUCCUCGUGCAGGAAAAGGGAGCCGCCCCCCCAGCCUAAUUGCCCACCCCGAGAGGAGCGUCUGACCUCCCCCCUCCCCAGUCUGGCUGCCCAGGGAGUGGGCGAUGGGCAGGAGCCCGGACCCAGCCAGACUGGAAGCCUUGUGUGGAAAACGUGGAGGUGCAGCCCAGGUGGGGAGCCAGGGCCCCCCAUUCCUCACCCCCCGGGAGCUCUCCCUGUCAGAGGAUUCACGUUGGGGGCCAGGACUGGCCGCAGUCUCUUGGAGCUCCCACCUGCCGCCUGUUAUGGAUUUAUUUAUUUUGGGAACAAAGUACAGAGCAGAGUGUGGGGGCAAUCUUGGUGGGGGGUACCCCCGAGGAAGCAUCAGUCGGCCUCACCCGGCUUCCUGGCGCUCCCCAGCUGCUCAGUUUGUGUUGGUUCACAGAAGGCCCCGCGCCCACCCCAGGGCCCCUUCUGCCUCUCUUGUAUCUGGGGGCUCCUUGGCCCCCCAGUCAGGCAGACGCUCCUUCCCUGAGCCCUCGGAAUCUCAUCUUGUGCCUUUUCUUCCCUGUCUGGGGAGGGCUGGUGAUUGGAGCCUUCUGGGCCCCGGGGGGAGGCUCGCGUCUCUCCCUGGAAGAGUGGGGGCCAGCCCUGGCUGGCAGGCGGGGCUCUCUAGGGAGCAGGGCAUUUGCUCUUUGUCUGGGAUCAUUUGGGGCGAGACCAGUUCUCCUCUGGGGGAGCCCCCACUCCUCCUGUUUGGAGGCCAUCUGACCAGGCUGCGUCUGCUCCCCUCUCACCCCAGCAGCUUCGGGAGCCCUUUCUUGCCAGGCCAUUCCUUCUUUCCUUCCCGCCUUUGGUGCUCUUGGGAGCAGUGGGGACCCAGGGAGCCCAGCGGCCCUCCCGGGGCCCGGAGGGAGACGGGAGCCAGCCAAGGGGCAGAGCAGCUCCACGGGGCCGCCCCCUCUUGCCAGGCCUUCCCCUCCCCGGCAGUGUAGAGAACCCGGCCUCCCCAGGAGGCCCCAGGGCUCCGUGUGAUGGAUGCGCUUGCUCUGUCCCCCUCCACACCCCUGGGAUGCGGCCCACGUCCUCCCUCCCCCUGGUGGUCUGGUGCUCCGCACACCACCGUCCUACCCGACCGUUCAGUGUUCUCAAUAAACAGUGACUGGUGACCAGG